UGGCGACGUUUCUUGAGACGUUGGUAGGCUUUGUUGAGUCGUCGGGCUCUCUCCGUGCUGUACCGUGCUCUCGGCGGGAUAACAGCGGCAAGUUGAGGCUACAAUUCCAUCGUACGUCGUGAUCUGCUUUUACGCAGAGCGAUACUUUGCCUGGUGCAGCGCAGAUACUAAGGCGCAGCGUAAGCUUUGAGGAUUAAAACCAAGCGCUGCUAAACAAUGCCGAACAGGGACAAUUAUGCAAAUGGCGGCGGCAGUGGCAGUGAGGAAGCUGCUUCAACAGUGGAUUAUGUGUGUCGUGACUAUCUGCGCAAUGUGUGCAAGCGAGGCAAGCGGUGCCGCUUCAAGCAUCCAGAGUCCAAUGAUGUUUCUGAUCUGGGGGUGCAGAAGAAUGAAUUUGUCUUCUGUCAUGACUUUCAGAAUAAGGAAUGUUCCCGCAUUAACUGCAGAUUUAUUCAUGGCACCAAGGAUGAUGAAGAACACUAUAAGAAAAGUGGAGAACUUCCUGCUCGCCUUCGUCACAGGGUGGCAGUUGGUCUUGGCUUGUCUCCCACUGACCUGGCUUGUAAGGAUGAGACUCCCAUCUGCCGUGACUUCCUGAAAGGUGAUUGCCAGCGUGGGGACAGAUGCAAGUUUCGCCAUUUGCAGAGAGAUUAUGAUUAUCAAUAUGAAUAUCCAGGUGACAUGCGAGGAGGGACUAUGAGUGCAGGUAUGAGUACUGGAGGCAUGGGUGCAGCCGCAGCACGUGGUUAUGAGCCUUAUGGUGCUUAUGACGGCGGUUCAGAAACAGAUUACUAUUCUUCCCCCUAUUAUCGAUACGGUGAGCGCUUCGAUGAUCCUGUCAUGAAAAGGAGGCGUGUGGGUUAUGAUGGGUACUACAAUGCAUCCCCAGUGGAAUAUCGUAUGUUAGAGGAAGAAAAUGUCAUGCUGCGUAAACGUGUUGAGGAUUUAAAGAAGCAAGUCUCUGUUCUGGCAGCAACUAAUGAAGUCUUACUUGACCAAAAUGCCCAGUUCCGUAGUCAAGCGAAAGUGGUUACACUUAGCACCCUGAGUACCACAGCUCCAACAAGUGAGCAGGCAGUUGGGCCAGUGAGUAAUUACAACCAUGGCAUUGCGCAAACCCACACCACGUUAAGCAGCCAGGCAUUGCAGUCUCGUCAAGUUACACAGCAAGAUUUGGUGGGUUCUGCUGGUGCACCUGCUCCUUCCCAGACCAACGCAGCUCCUCAGUUAAAUCCUGAAAUUACUCCACUUUCUGCUGCGCUGGCGCAAACCAUUGCUCAAGGCAUGGCUCCUGCCCCUGUCUCUAUGGCGCCUGUUGCAGUGUCUGUUGCUCCUGUAGCUGUUUCCAUGGCACAGCCCCUGCCUGGCAUCACCAUGAGCCAUGCCACUACACCUAUGGUAACCUAUCCCAUUGCUUCACAGAGCAUGCGCAUAACAACCAUGCCUCACUAAUUAGUGUCUUUUUGAUCCCUUUUUCUGUUUUCUGACCAGCCCUCAAGAGCUAUGGUUGUCAUGUAAAAGGGGAAACCUCUUUAAGAUAUAUUUUGCUGGUGGGGAAAAUAAGUUCAAAUGUCUGUGUUGUAGUGAUUAAAAUAACUACCAAGAAAAAUGUGUAAUGUACUUACAUGCAAAAUCAUACAUUAGGUUUUAAGGAGUUACAUUCUAGAAUAGGUUUUAGUUUAUCGUAAACAUAUUUUUCUUGCAAUGCACAAUACGAAUAACAAAUUUGUGCUCUCCUAGCACCCUGCACGUGCAGACUUAUCACAUACUUAGAGUGUAGAUUAAUAUACAUUUGACCUCUGCAGAUACAUUUGACCUCUGCAGGAUUUAUAACAGAUGUAUGCAAAAUUAAUAAUUGCUUUCUGAAACUUUCCACUUUAGUUUAUAAGCCAGAUUGCUCAGUACAGUUGCAAUGUUGGCUUUAUGUGAUUUGUGGCUUUACAGUCCGUUUUGGGUUUUAUUACUAUUAAAAUUACCCCGUAAGACAUUAGUAUUAUCUUUUGCAGAUUGCUAUUCGUCUUUAAGUUUUUUUGUUUUGUUUUUUUGUAUAUUACUUUUUAGAUGGGGGAAGAUGGACCAAUCUAGAACUAGUUAAAUUUGUGCUGAGAGCUGCAACUUUUCUAUCUUUCUGUAAGCAGGGCAGCAUUACAAGAAUUGUUUCAUUCAAAUUUGUAAAACAUCUGUUUUAUUCCCCACCUCGCAUGCUGAAAGCCAGGAUAUUGUUUGCAUCUUUUUAGUUCAACUACUCGAUAUGUUAUUGUGCUAUAGGAUAUAAAGUGUUUGAGAUUCUAUGUGUAGAAGUUUCACCAAACAAAAUGUAUUGUUUCCUGUUAUAAAGUCUCUAAACUUUA